AUGCGAUACUCCACCCUGCUCCCGACUUUGUUAGCCAUCGGCUCAACUCUCGCAAGACCGGCCCAGCCCGAAAUUGCUAACACCACAACUCUACCAACUCACUUCGGUCUACUCACAUUCCCACACUUCCAAGCUCUCGACAUCUUCGGACCCAUGGACCUCCUGAACUCGCUCUUCAUGUACUACCGAAACACAUCCAUCGUGCCGCAGUUUACAGUCUUCAGCAAGACCAUGGAUCCGGUGACGUCGGCUAUGACCGAUGGAGGUUUUGGUCAAGAGAUCAUGCCGGCCAUGACAUUUUCGGAGUAUCUGGUGAGUUGCGACCGUUACAUGGAUAUGAAUAAGACUGAUUGGACGAAGAACAAGCAGAAGGACCACGGUGAUGACGACAUAUUUUCUGCAAGUGACAAGGGCGCAAUCGACGUCCUCAUCGUCCCUGGCGGUGGAGGGACUCGUAGAGAUAUGACGGAAGAGAUCAACUUCGUCAAGGCUACCUACCCAAAUCUGACAACCUCACCGCUCAAAUAUAUCAUAUCCGUCUGUACCGGCGCCACACUCCUGUCCCGUGCAGGUAUCCUCGACGGUCGCAGGGCAACCACGAACAAGGCUGCCUGGACAUGGGCUACAUCGACUGGUCCCAAUGUAGACUGGGUGCCAACUGCGCGUUGGGUAGAAGACGGCAAUAUUAUCUCCACAAGUGGAGUUUCGGCAGGCAUCGAUGGGACAUACGCGUUCGUCAGUCGCGUGUAUGGGGAAGAGGUUGCACAUUUCUUGAGUUUGGCCUUGGAAUACAACCGUGAGACGGAUGCACAUCAUGACCCUUUCGGUAAGGUCUGGGACGUCCCUGGAGCUACUUGA